UUCUGUUAAUCACCCAAAAAGUUGUAAUGUCCUGUUUGAUUUCCAGUGUUGAUCUUCCAUUUCAGAUUCUUCGACGACAAUGUUCGCGAAACACUUCAUACAGAAAGCCAUUCAUCGUCAUCAUCAUCAACAUAAGGGUGCACAACAUGGAAAUCUUAAGCCGGAAGACUUAAAUCCGCAUAUUCUAAUGCACUUUGGCAUUCCCAGUAGCAGUUCUAUUCUUGCUAUUGAUCCAAUUCAGCAGCUGUUAGCCAUUGGAACACUUGAUGGUAAGAUCAAAGUUAUUGGAGGAUAUAAUAUUGAAGCUCUUUUUAUAUCUCCAAAACAAUUGCCAUACAAAAACUUAGAGUUUUUGCAAAACCAAGGUUAUCUAGUUGGCGUCUUAAAUGACAAUGAUAUUCAGGUUUGGAAUCUGGAGAACAGGUGCAUUACAUGUAGUCUGCAAUGGGAAUCUAAUAUAACAGCUUUCUGUGUGAUUUCUGGUUCCUCAUUCAUGUUUGUGGGAGAUGAGCAUGGUAUGGUGCAUGUAUUGAAGUACGCUGCCGAAGAUGAAAAUCUUGUGAAAAUGGCUUAUCAUAUUUCUCCUGAUUAUUUACUUGAAAAGACUGGCAUCUCACUGGCUAAUGAUCAGUCUGUUAUUGGAGUUCUCCCUCAACCUUCUUAUUUUGGCAACAGAUUACUGGUUGCUUAUCAAUAUGGGCUACUCAUACUAUGGGAUGUUCUUGACGCUAAGGUUAUAGUAGUUAAAGGUGACAAGGACUUGCGUAUAAAGGAUCACUUAUCUGAUUCUCCAAGUGAAUCAGCUGCUGAACCACUUGACAAUGCACAUGAACAUAUGAUGGAUAAAGAAAUAAGUGCCAUCUGUUGGGCAUCUUCUGUUGGCUCGAUGCUUGCUGUUGGAUAUAUUGACGGAGAUAUAUUGUUGUGGAAUAUACCUAGUGGUGCUUGCUCUAAACGCAAAAAAGCUGGUGUAUCAUUUGAUGAUGUUGUAAAGCUACAAUUAUCUUCAGCUGACAAGAGACUUCCUGUCAUCUUUUUGUGCUGGGGUGAGCGUAGCACACCUCAAAGCAGCUGUGGUGGCCAACUUUUUGUGUAUGGUGGCUGUGAAAUAGGAUCAGAAGAAGUUAUAACGGUAGUGAGUCUUCAAUGGUCUCCAGGCAUGGAGUUAAAGAGUGUUCGACGUGUGGACUUCUCCCUUGCUGGUUCCUUUGCUGAUAUGGUUCCAUUUUCAUCUUUAGAGACAGCAGCAAAGAGCCAUUUUGAUGGCCUUUUUGUAUUGACUAGACCGGGCAAAGUACAGUUUUUUUGUACAGAGAGUUUCUCUGCUUUAAUUGCUCAGCCAGAGAGAAAAUCAUCUGUAUCCGGUACAGAAUCUCCUGUGGUAAUUCCUACUUCAGAUCCUCAAAUGACAGCUGCUAAAGUCAGCUUGCAAACCUCUCAUAGAAAUUCGUCUAUAUGGCUUUCAGAGACGGCUUCAAUUAGUUCAACACUGAGUCCGGCUGAAGGGAGGAAGUGGCCCUUAACUGGGGGUGUACGAAGGGAACUCUCAGCUGAAGAAAGGCUGCAGGAAAAGAUCUACAUUAUAGGCUACCAAGAUGGAUCUGUCCGAGUGUGGAAUGCUACUGAUCCAAUAUUUCCUCUCAUUUCAACUAUCGAAGGUCAGGUGCAUGGUAUAGCUAAUGCUGGUUCAAAUGUUGCUGUAACAAAAUUAGACUUUUGCGCAUCAACGAUGAAUUUGGCUGUUGGCACUCACUGUGGUGAGAUCCGUAUCUACAGUCUCAACAACAAUGCUGAAGGGACAAAGCUUCACUGGGUUAAACAUUCUGAACAUAUAGUCUAUGAUGUACCCUUACAGAAGGGACCUCAAUGCAUAGUUGUUUUUUCAUUGGUCAAUUCUCCAGUGCAGUCACUUCAAUUUUCUGCUUCUGGAACCAAACUUGCUGUGGGUUUUGCAAACAGUCAUGUAUCAGUUCUCGAUAUGAUCUCACUAUCGGUUCUCCUUACAACAGACUCUGAAGCCAGCUCUAAUUUUCCCGUCAUUUCAGUUUUUUUAAAAACAUUUACAGAUGCUGAUGACUUGAGCAGAAGCCCAAAGAAUGUGGAACAGGUUAGAGAAGAGUACUUAUUCACUCUAACCCAGGAUGCAAAAGUCAAUAUUGUUGAUUGUAAGCCUGACAGCCCUAUCAGCUCCCGGUCAUUGCAUUUGAAGGAGCAUACAGCAAUUAGCAUGUAUGUCUUAGAUGGCAAUGAAUUCAUGUCUGCAUCAUUGAAGCACCAUGAGCAGCCAAACAUAGAAACAAAAACUUUAGAGGAGUCUAAGCAAGACAUUUCUAUAAAAAUAGGCAACUUGAAAGACACUGAAAAUCUCUCCUUGGAUGGAGAAAGGUUGCCGGAUUCACAUUUUCUGCUUUGUUGUGAGAACACAUUGCGUUUAUACCAUACCAAAUCCAUAAUGCAGGGUGAAGAUAAACCAAUUAGCAAAGUGAAACUUGCAGCACCUUGUUCUUGGACUUCCAUUUACAAGAAAGAUGACAAGGUGGUUGCGAUCAUCUUGGUCUACCAAUCUGGGGCGUUUGAAGUCAGAUCAUUGCCUGAUUUGGAGCUGCUUACAGAAAGCUCUUUAAUUUCAAUUUUAAGGUGGAAUGUGAGGCCCAACAUGAAGCUGGCAGCUUCUACAGAUCAUGGAGAGAUCUAUUUGGCAAAUGGGAGCGAGUUGGUGUUCAUUUCUUUGUCUACAGAUGAAACGGAGACCAGGUUUCUUGAAUCUUUUCCUUCACUUCACGAUAAAGUAGUGGCUGCAGCUGCAGAUGCUGCUAUUUCCUUCUCUACUAGGCAGAAGAAACAGGUUCCUCCUGCAGAUAUGAUUGGCGAAAUUGUGAAGGGCUUUAAAAAGGAAAAAUCAGAUACCGCAAACGUUAAUCCUCCUGCAUGCAACUUUAUUCAACUAGGGGAAAUAUUUGCCCGACCUAUUGUGUCUGAUAUGUCAAUAACCUCAGUAGAAGAUGAGGGAACAGAAGAGCUUGACAUAGAUGAUAUCGAAAUUGAUGAGCCAGUUAUUGUGGCUUCAACUUCAUCCUAUCAAGCAAAGGGAAAACUUACAAAAACGGAGAGAGAAAGGUUAUUUGAAGGUGGUCAUGAAGAUCCAAAACCCAGAACCAGAACACCUGAAGAAAUAAUGGCAGCAUACAGAGGAAAGGAGUAUGCAUCGGCUGCAGCUGAACGUGCAAGAAACAAGCUUUUGGAACGCCAGGAGAAACUUGAGAAAAUCAAUCAAAGAUCAGAAGAUCUGCGAUAUGAAGCCGAAAAUUUUGCAUCAAUGGCUAAUGAGCUUGUGAAACAAAUGGAACGUAAGAAAAAAUGGUGGAAGAUAUGAAGUUCAUAUACAUACUUAUCCACGGUAAUUUUUCUUCAGCGUGAUUUGUGAUUACAAGGGGAUAUUGAAAGCUUGAAACUCAAUUCUGAGGACCUUAAUGUAAAAAAUAUUGAAAAACAUAAGUGAAAAAGGUGUGUGAAAUUUACUUUUGUACAAACCAAACUAUUGUAUAACUUGUAUACCAAAAUCUACUUUUCGGAAAAUUGAUGUGCAAAUUUAAAUUCCCGUAA